AUGGGAACAAUCCUUAGUCAACAAGGGGAGGAUAACUGUCUGCACCCAAUUGCGUACAUAUCCAAGUUGUUUUCAGGAGCUGAGGCAAGUUACAAUACCUACAACAAGGAGUUGCUGGCCAUCAUCAAAGCCCUGGAGGAAUGGCACAUCUUCUUGGAAGCCAUGCAUAAGCCAAUUCAAGUUUUCACCAACCACAGGAAUUUGGAAUACUGGAUGCAGGCACAGACAUUUAAUUGGAGGCAUGCCUGUUGGCGCGUAUUCUUGAGUGAUUUCAAUUUUGAAAUACACUACUGCCCAGGGAAACAGUUGGGAAAAUCAGAUGCCCUGUCCAGAAGGUCAGAUUACACAGACACACCCCAGGAACCAGAAAUCAUGCUCCCCUCAGAAGUAUUUGCCAACAUGUUGGAAGAAGAGCUUGAAAUCGUCACAGAAAUUUGCUCCAAAUUAAGGGAGGACCCUUCCCUCAAUGCCAUCAUCAGUUUCCUAACAGAAGAUGCAGACAAUGCCCCUCCCUCAAUUUGGAAAGCUCACAGGAAUUACAAUUGGGAGGAAGACCUUCUAUGGUACCGUGGAAAAUUGGUAGUCCCUGACUCAGAACCCCUCAAAGAACAACUACUGAAGGAAUUCCACAACUCACCUCUGGUGGGACAUCCAGGUCAACAGAGAACCCUCAAACUCCUGAGCUGGAAUUACUGGUGGCCAGGAAUGAAGUCCUCAGCCAAAGAAUGGGUUGAGUGUUGCCCCACCUGCCAGGCCAAUCAAUGUGCUCAUGCUCCCACCAUUGCUUUGAAACCCCUGGAAGUUCCCCUGUUCCCCUUCCAUACCAUCUCAUACAACUUCAUCACUGGUUUCCCUAAGUCACAAGGGUACAACGCCGUACUGGUGGUUAUAGAUUUGUUCUCUAAGCUUGGGCAUUUUAUCCCAACAACUAAGAAGGUAUCUGCAAAAGGGCUAGCAGAACUGUCAUGA